CUAUUUACAACCCAGCAGACACCCUUUUAUCAAUGACUAGAAUUAACACGGGAAUCGUGAUUGCUGAGGGUUUUCGAGAUUAAUCCAGGCCUUGCGAACUGGCAGAAGAGGUUGCAUUGCUUUUCAAACCGAAUAAAAGUUUCUAGAAUAGAUCGAGUUUAAACACACCAGAGAAGGGCAGUGUGUGUAACAGUAUCCCGUCACAUCCACCAAAGAAAGCGACAACGACGAUGACGACGACGACGGAAGCAAUUGUGUCUAAGGCCAUGGAAGUAGCAACGGAAGUGCUAGCAACUAUUUCCGGGUCAAACUCGACCGGAAGUGACUGUGAUCACCAUGGAGACGGAGACGUUGGAACAGGAGGAGGGGGUCACAAGAAUAUUGAAGAGUUGAAGCUUGCCAAUCAGUGUGUGCUGGGAGUUACCCUGGGACUUACAAUGGUUGCCAUGGGAGCAGCCAUUGACUUGAGAGAUUUCAAGAUAGUGAUUCGUCGGCCGAUUGGUGUAUUGGUUGGAUUGAUCUGUCAGGUAGUUCUGAUGCCUUUGAUUGGAUUCAUAAUGGCUCUUGUCCUCAAGUUUGAAGCACCAUAUGCCCUGGGAGCACUCAUUGUGGCUUCAUGCCCAGGCGGUACUACCUCCAAUCUAUACACCUUCUGGUCAGAUGGGGAUAUUUGCUUGAGUGUGAUCAUGACGACGAUCUCGACCAUCGUCGCCAUGGGAUCGAUGCCGCUCAACCUCUACAUCUACAGCCGACGAUGGGUCAGUGGUGCGACCGUCAUCCCUUACAAGAACAUCAUCAUCACUCUGAUCACCAUCAUCGGACCCGUUGCUCUUGGUAUGCUGCUAAGAUGGAAAUCGAAGAAGUGGGCCACCAAGAUCGGCAAGCCUUUCGGUUCUAUCGGGAUGCUUGGUAUCAUUGUGAGUAUCUUCAUCACCAGUUACAUCAACCCUAAGAUCUGGACCUCUUCUUGGAAGAUCUACGUAGCCAGCAUAGCUCACAUGUGGAUCGGCUGGGGACUGGGAUACGUCAUCGCACGUCUUUUCCGCCAGCCUCACCGCCAGUGUCGGACCAUCGCCUUCGAGACGGGCGCGCAGCAUGUCGGCCUCGCUCUCACUCUCAUCGCGUUCUCGUACAAGAAUGAUAUCCAGUUGUUCCUUCAGAUCAUCAUCUACCCGAUGCUCUUUGGACCCUUCAGCAUAAUCAGCUUCAGUGCGUGGGUUGGGCUAUACAAAAUCUACAGACACUACCGACCAGAGGAAACGAAUAAAACGGAGGUGGCUGAAGGAGGAGGAAAGGAAGAAGUAUUGGAAGAGAGAAAAGAAAGAUUGAAUGCCAAAGAGAUGACGAACGGAGGAGACAUCGAGAAGGGGGAGAAGAAAGAAAACAUCAAAGCACCAUGAAUCCGCAGGGUGUAAAACCCCAGUCA